AUGUCCCACUGUUCUUUUGUUAAUACCCUACCAGACUAUGUACUUGAUCGAAUUGUAAUUAUAAAUGAUGCUCAUGAGCAUCAUAUAAGUGGAUUUAAACUUGCCAAGGCAAGUGAAUACUUUAAACGUCAGCUAGUUGAAUUACGUCAAAGUGAAUUAGAAAAAUAUCAAAGAAAAGAAGAAGCUGAUGAAUCACGACGUCAAUCACGUCGAGCUAGAGCAAGAAGUUUAUGUGAUCUUGAAUUACAACCUCUUAUAAUUAAAUAUCAGGAUAUAUAUGGAUUAGAAUGUUUAUUAUCAUUUAUACAUUGUAGUGAAGAAACUCGUAGUAACACACUAAGUACUCAACUUAAUCCAUCGACUGUGAAUUCUUUAAUGAAAGCAGGAUUACACUUUCAAGUACCAGGAUUUGUUAAUCAAUGUAUGCAAAUAGUUCAAAAUAAUAUAAAUAAAAAAAAUUGUUGGAGUUAUUGGAAAGCUGCUGAAGAGUUAUCAAGUCAGCUUCCAGAAUUUCAAACUUUAACAUCACGCUAUUUACUAGCUAAUUUUAUCGAAGCUGGAGAAAGUGAAGAAUUCCUUAGUCUAAGUUUGGAAGACUUUAAAAAGCUACUGAAAGAAGACUCUUUGAAUUGUUCAAAUGAAAAGUCUUUAUUCACACUGAUUGAACGUUGGAUCUAUCAUAAACAAUCAGAAAGAGGAUUAUAUAUUUGUCAGCUGUUAGAAUGCCUGAGACUCGGUCGACUCACACUUGAAGAUUUAGAUUGUUUAUCCUCCAACUCACUAAUACAAGCAGUUUGGAAUUCUUGUAGUCAUAUUAUACAAAUGUCGCGUUCGUCUGUUGAAGAAUUAGCCAUCAAUCCCAACGGAUCAUUGAAUCCUAGAUCUGGAGAUGAUACUGAACUUCAUGCAUACCUACAAAAGCCUCGUCUUCCUCAUUCUGCAAUUUUUGUUGUCGGUGGAUGGGAAGGAAACCAAGAUGAUCCUAAUUUUGGUCCAUCUAGAGCAAUUCAAGUGUAUAACUCACGAUCUGAUACAUGGCGCCGUAUCGUUUCGGAUGGUUUGGCUCUUGAUGAGGGUCAUGCUUACUCUGGUUGUGUUUUAUACAAAACACGAAUCUAUGUUAUAGGUGGUUAUGUGUCAAGUGGACCAACACAGACUUUGAAAGCCUUUGAAUUAACUAAUCUCACCUGGCGAUUCUUAUCCCCUAUGCAUGAGAAAAGAAAUUAUGUGUGUACAUGCAUUUUAGACAAUGUAAUCUAUGCAAUUGGAGGGCAUAAUGGUAGACAUCGGCUUAGCUCUGUUGAACGAUACGAUAUUGAUCAAAAUCACUGGGCUUUUGUAUCACCGAUGCGUCAAGUUCGGAGUGAUGCAGGCGCUGAUUCACUCCUAGGUCGUAUAUAUGUUGUCGGUGGUUUUGAUGGUCAUCAUUUCUAUGAUUCUGUAGAAAUGUAUGAUCCACGUACAGAUCAAUGGUCAUUAGUAUCUCCAAUGCAUAAUAUUCGAAGUGGUGUUAGUGUUAUUGUACAUGGUCGAUACUUAUAUGCAAUAGGUGGAAAUGAUGGACUUCAACGCUUACGUACAGUAGAACGUUAUGAUCCUGAAACAAAUCAAUGGCAGUCUAUGCCUUCAAUGACUCGUCAAAGAAGUAAUUUUUGUAUUGCUGUAUUAGAUGAUAUGAUAUAUGUUAUGGGUGGUUGGAGUGAUGAAACAAAUUCAACAAUUUCUCUAGUUGAACGAUGGUCUCCAGGCCUUUAUAGUCAAUGGGAGCCAGUUAGAGAAUUAUAUCUACCAGCAAGUGCAAAUUGUUGUUGUUCUGUUACUGGAUUAGAAUUAUUAUCAGAAUUUUUAUACACUUAG